UGUGGUUACAACAUGUGAUUAGUUAUAGCUAAUUUCAAUUUGAAUAAUUAAAAUUACUCUUCUAAAAUUCAAUUUAUUUUAUUUUUUCAUAUUUAGAUGAGAAAUAUCAAUUAACCUUAUUACUAAAUUAUUUAAAUUACUCUUGAAUUCUUUGAAUAUAUUUGAUAAAUGUUAAUAUGUUUGUUAAAUGGGAUGACUUGAUGGAUAUAAUAACAGAUUAUAGUAUUAAAAAAGGGCUGAUUGAAAUAUUCAAUACUUUGGAGAAUGAAAAAAAAGUUGGUUUUUGUUUAAACAAUGAAUUUAUUAGGAAUUGUUUGGAACGUUGGUUAGAUAGUCCCGAGUUUAAUAACAGUUUGAAAAAUAACGAUACAUCAAUACAGCUUCGUUUAAAGGCAAAUGAAGAAUUUAAAAAAGAGAAAUGGGUUCUAUGUUAUAAAUUGUAUUUACAAGCUGCAAAAUUUGCUCUAUCUGAUAGUUUAGAAUUAGCUUUAGCCUUUUCAAAUCGGUCAGCAGUUUGUUUAAAGCUUAAGAAUUAUCAUGGAUGUAUUUUAGAUAUUGACAUAUGUUUUGAAAUUUUGAAAUCAGAGAAAUGCAAUAUUAAAAUAUUAGAAAAAAAUCGCUUGCUAACAAAAUUGAUGAAACGAAAAGUUGAAUGUCUAACUGAGGCUAAGCAGUAUAGAUAUGCUAUCAUGUGUUGGCAAGAAUUAUUAGAUUUCUCCAAAAAUAUUUCUAAAAUAUCUUUAGAUGAGAAUUUUGUAAAUAAAUACAAUAAAUUGUCAAAGAAAUUAGAAAAUGGUAACAUUUUUGAUGAUCAACCAGUAAAUUUUUUACAUCCAACACCAAAAGAAGAGUUAAUAACAAAAGCGUUAAAGAUAAAUAAUAUAAAUUUACCAUUCAAAUCUUCAAAAUUAAAACUGUGUAUUUCUGAAACUAAAGGAAGACAUUUUGUUGCAUCAUCUAAAAUCAAUUAUGGUGAACUUCUAAUUUUUGAAAAACCAUUUGCAUUUGUGUUGUUACCAGAUUAUUAUGAAUUAUUUUGUUAUAAUUGUUGUUCAUCUUUAAAAUUAUAUUCAAUUCCGUGUAAUGAAUGUAGUACAGUUCUUUAUUGUAGCAAAAUGUGCCAAAAGAAAUCCUGGGAAUCAUAUCAUUGUUGGGAAUGUAAACAAGGUACAUCAAUAUUUAAAUGUAUUGGAAUUGCUCACCUUGCUCUAAGAUUAACAUUGAAGACAUUAUUUUUUAACUCGGAGAAUGAAAAAAUUGUUAAUCUUCUAACUCAUAUAAACAAAUUUAAUACAUUGGAACUGUAUCAAUAUUGUUUGACGGCCACACUUUUAUUAUUGUAUUUAAAAAAGAAAACUAAUUUUUUUAACCAACAUUCCGACAAGAAAUUAGAUUUUGUUGGAAGUGAAUUAUUACACCACAUGACUAGAUUAGUGUGUAAUGGUAAUGCUAUUUCAUCUCAUAUUAUGAUGGAUAAUAAUAUAAAUUCAACCUCACAACUCAUUGAUGAAACACAACCUCGGAUAGGAACUGCUAUUUUUCCAACUUCAAGCAUGUUAAAUCAUUCUUGCGAUCCUAACAUACAUUCUAGUAAUAUAUUGAAUUAUGUGGUUAUAAAAGCAUCUCGUAAUAUUGAAAUAGGAGAAGAAAUUACAAAUUGUUAUGGGCCUAACUUUCGACGCAUGCUAUUGCUUGAAAGACAAGCAGUUUUAAAAAUGCAAUAUUAUUUUGACUGCAAAUGUUGUGCUUGUAUGGAUCCAGUUGCAGAUAGAAAUUUUAAUCUCAGAUUUUAUGGACUUGUAUGUUUAUCAUGUAAAAAACUAAUUAGUGCAACUAUAUUUGAUUUCCAAGAUGAAUAUCUCUUUUGUGAUCAUUGUUUAAAAAAAAUUGAAGCUAAUCGUUACAAAUGUUUAUUAUCUAAAGCUGAUGAAGUCUAUGAGAAUGCUUUGGUAGAAAUUGAAAGAAAUAAUUCUUCAAAAGCAAGUGAUAUGCUAUUAAAUUCUUUAAAAAUGUUUACUCAAGUUUUAAAUUCUAAAAAUCCUAAUGUUUUUAAAUGUCAAGAUGCUUUAGCAAAAAGUUUUGCUAUGUCAGGUAAUUUUAAGGAAUGUUUAGUUUUUUUAGAUAAAACUCUCAAGACAAUAGAACAACGUUAUGGAGAAAAUAGCAUUGAAGUAGCUUAUGAAUUAGAUAAAAUUACUGAUAUCAUGUUAAGUUAUCUGAAUUUUAAAGAAAACAAAUUUUUAGUAGAAAAGGCUUUGGCGUUUGUAAAACGAGCUAUGAAGAUAUAUUGUGCUCUUCUGUCUGUCUGGGAUAUACCAAAUGAUGAAUUUACUGUUGUAAACAUUCAAUAUAAACAGAGUUGCUUAUUAAAGUUAAUUUAAAGAGGCUACUUAAAAAGAAUAUUUUAUUCUGAAAUGAUGUGCCAUAAUGUACAAUAUAAUGUGACAGAUUAAUUGAAAAUAUAUAUUAUAGAAUUCUUAUAAACUGAUAAAAUCAUCAAAUUAAAUUGUAAAUUUUAAAUUAAAUAUUUUAUUCAAAAAACUCUACAAUAAUAUGUAGUUAUAU